AUGACGAAUGUAGUUGAUGUAGACGAGCCUAAGGUUGGGAUGAUAUUCGAAAGUUAUAAACGGUUGCUUGAGUACUACACGGGUUAUGGUAAGUGGUUAGGGUUCCCAGUGAAGAUAAGAUCAUCAAUAAAAGGGGAGGAUGAUGAGUUGAAAUAUGUGACUAUUGUUUGUUCUCGAUCAGGCAAGUCGAAGUCCACUUCCAAAUAUCCAUUGAAGUCGUAUCCAAACAUAAAAGCUUGUCGAUCGAGUGAAAGCGAUGUCAUUGGGCUUGUUGAUGGUCAAUCCACGAGUGAAGCGAUUGAUAACAAUAUGGCCUUGCUAUGGGGGGUCACUCAAACAGGUCUUGGAAAUCAUUUCAUGAUGCUGGCUACAAUUUCUGCUGCAAAUGGACUAGUUGUGCACCGUCGAGGUUCACCAGAUGCUGCUUAG